CAAUCAAAGAACAAGAAGAAAAUAGUAUAGUCGAUUAGUAUAUAUCGCGGACAUAUUAAUAAUUAUUUUAAAUCUUUCUCGAAUCGAUUCUAAAAAAGUAUAAUUGUUAAAAAUAUUUCAUUAUUUUUUAUUUUAAGUCGAAUGGUUGCAACGGAAGAGUGUUUAGAGUUUUACGCGGAACUUAACCUCUCAACUGUCAAAACAACGAAUUUAGUUGGUUAGAUUGAUUAUUUUUAGAUUCUUUUAAUAUAUUUUAAUAUGUCUCAAGUAUAUGACAAUUAUUACAAUGACUAUCAUAAAAAUGCCGAAAUGCAACAAAAUUUAAAAUAUAAAAAGAAAUAUCGGAAAUUGAAAAGAAUUGUGAAGGACACAGUUUUUGAAAAUGCAGCAUUAUGCGAUCAAGUGGCACAAAUGCAAGAAAAUCUUAUGCUUAUGAAAGAAGAGAGACUUUUUCUCCUACGCAAAUUGUGUCAACAACAAGGAGAAAUAGACCCAGGUACAAUGAUGGUACGAUCUCAAUCGAAUAAUCUUAAUUCCUCUUCUUUCAAUUCAGAAUGUUCUACGCCUAAGAAGACAGUAAAGAAGAGAAUCUCUAUGGAUGCCUCGGAGACUAAAGUUAAGCCAAAAAGAUAUAACAAAACAGCAAGAAGAGCAGUAAAUCUAAUACCUUUAGACGUAAAUGGAAGACCUAUAUUUCCUAUUUCGUUAGGUGAUCUUACAGUAUAUUCUCUUGGUGAAGUGGUUUCAGAUAGAAUUGCAUAUCAUACGGAAGACCUCAUUUUUCCGGUAGGAUAUUGUAGUACAAGAAUAUAUGCUAGCUUACGCGAUGUAAGAGCCAAAAGUUUAUACACUUGCAAAAUUUUGGAUGGUGGAUCGAAACCUAGAUUUGAAAUAGUUUCUGACAAUGAUCUCGAUCAAGCAUUGGUAGGAUCUACUCCCGACGAAUGUCAUUCACGAUUAUUAACAGCUAUCUCUCCUGCCCUUCGUUCGAUAACACCAAGAGGAGCCGAUUUCUUUGGUGUUUCUCAUCCUACAAUUCAAAAUCUUAUACAAAGUUCACCAGGAACCCGCAAACUUAUCGCGUACAAGCAACAACGUUUCGAAGUAGGUAAGAAUCACGUUAUUGAAAGGGGCGCUAGUCCUAUGAUAGAAGAAGAAGCAGACCCAGGAUUAGGAUUUGCAGCUCUUCAUAAACACUAUGCACUUUCUAAUUCUUAUAGAAUUAAGGAAGAACCUACAGAUCAUGAUCUUCUAGCUCUUCAAGAUCUACUUUCAUGAUUUUUUCAAAAAAGAAGAAUAAAUGCAUUUUAACUUUU